AUGGCCGCCUCGGAGAACGACCAGUAUGGCUUCAAUGACGAUGCCGGAGACGACCAGUCGGUCUUGUCUACGCGUGGCAUAGAGGCAUUCGGGCGCAAGGUCACUACCACGGCGAGCCAUUUGAUCGGCCCUCUUUCCGAGCAGGGGAAUAACAAUCACCACUACCAUGGCGCUCUUGCCGAGGUCCACAAGCAGCUACGCCGCCCGACUAUCCAGCGCAGCAUGUUCUCCAUGGCGAAGACGACACCGACCGAUAUGGUGCGCUCGAAGCUGUCGACGACCGAGAUUCAGCACCGCGCUUUGACAUAUUUGCCGGAUGAGCUGCUGGCAAAUAUUCCGGAAAACGAUAAUUCGUAUUCGCUGUUCCAGGGCUUCAAGGCUAGCUUCCCCGAACUCUCCGAAGAGGGUAGGAAACACAGACGGAGGGUAUCGAGGGGCAGGAAGCUCCUGGAUGAUACGGUACAAAAUCACGGCACGCCACAGGCGCUGCAGAACCUCAAGAAAGAUAAGGCGUCCAUGAUGCACGAGCUCGAAAUGUUGAGUGUUCGAAAGAACAUGGCUAGUAGCGAGAUUCGAGACAUCGACAACAAGAUUGCCAACUUGCACGGCAUGCGACGGAUCAUUCUCGAUAGGGUAGCGAAUCUGGAGCACGAAGAAACACUACUGGAACACGACCUUAUGGAUUGCGAAGCUCGGUUAGAGGAGGCGCAGGAACUCGUCGACGAAGCCGAAUCGAUCGCCAUUAAUACACCCACGAAAACUGAGGAGGACCUGGCCGGCGAUCAAGACGAGGCCGGCUUCAUGUCUCAGUCUGUCUACGAGAAGCUGCCGGCAGGCACACCAGCAUCUAAAGCUAAGAAGAGGGUUAUUCGCCGGAAAUCUGUACCGAUAUUGCACGAACACUUCGAGCCGGGGACCGCCAUCAGGGAAAUUCGCGCACACCAGGAUCAGAUCACGACACUCGACUUCGACGCACCUUUUGGAACUAUGGUUACUUCGGCUAUGGACGACUCGAUAAAAGUCUGGGAUCUCAACGCCGGUCGCUGCAUUGGCAUGCUGGAAGGUCACACUGCGUCAGUCCGGGCCUUGCAAGUCGAGGACAACUUCUUGGUUACCGGAGGCAUGGACGCUACUAUCCGCUUGUGGGACUUGAGUAAAGCACACUACGACCCGCACGGCAGCCAGUACGGAAGGGACGACGACGAAGACGAUAUCGCUUUUGAGAAUCCCGACGACAGCCCGGUUGACCCUCCUGAGGGAAGCAUGAGAGACUGCCAUCUGUACACUCUGCAAUCCCACGUCGACGAAAUUACGGCUCUCCACUUCAGAAACGAUAUUCUGGUUUCCGGUUCCGCAGACAAGACGCUUCGCCAAUGGGAUCUUGAGAAGGGCCGCUGCGUCCAGACCCUCGAUGUCAUGUGGGCGGCGGCUCAAGCUUCGGCUUCGUUCGGCAGCGACAGCUCCUGGAGGCAAACGAACCGGGCACCCGCGCAGCAGGCCGACUUCAUCGGAGCUUUGCAGGUGUUCGAGACGGCUUUAGCCUGCGGUACGGCCGACGGCAUGGUUCGUCUUUGGGAUUUGCGAAGUGGUCAAGUUCACCGAAGCUUGGUGGGACACACCGGCCCGGUUACGUGCUUGCAGUUUGACGACGUUCAUCUCGUCACUGGUAGCAUGGACCGAAGUAUCAGAAUAUGGGAUCUCCGCACAGGAUCCAUCUACGAUGCCUACGCAUAUGACAAUGCCGUGACCAGCAUGAUGUUUGACGAGCGACGAAUCGUCAGCGCCGCGGGCGAGGACGUUGUAAAGGUGUACGAUAAGGUAGAAGGCCGGCAAUGGGAGUGCGGCGCCGGCAUCGCCGAGGCCGAGGAUAACAAGACGCCUGCCAUUGUAGAACGUAUGUCAACACUCCACAACCCAGCCCUCAUUCAAGAAUGCAGAGACCUACUCGCCGACAUACACGCAGACGCACACUUCACCCCGUCAUCCACCCCUUCGCCAACCCGCCCGAAAGAGUGGGAAGCAAACGGCCUCGACGCUCUACCAGAUGACGUCCUCAAGCACCUGAGGGACCUGGCGUCUGAUGCUCUUUCGGCACCAUCGCCUAAGGCCACGACGAUCCAGCUCAUCGACAAGGAACUCGAAACGACGUACAGGAAAUUCUACGAGUUCGUCUACGCGGAUCUGCCAUAUUGCUGGAGACUUCUCUACACGGACCUAGCCCUUCUCAAAUUCUCGCUCCUCGUUGUGGACAACGCCGCACACGCAGAUGAAGAGAACGAUGACGAAGAUGAGCUCCUCUCAUCCCUCGUCGCGAUCCUAGACAAAGCCCUCAUCCUCGCCGGCGGCGCAGGCCGCGCGCGCGGCCGCAAGACCAUCACGAACCUCCUCACCCACCUCGAACCCUCCUCCCCCAAACUCACGCAUCGCUUCCCGCACACCUUUCCCACCGCCAGGACCUUCACGCCGCCCGUGACGAGCCCCAUCAGGACCGUGGAAAACAUGUCGAUGGCGGAGUUCCAGCGGUACCUCGACGACAGCAACGGCAGCCCGGAGCCGCUGGUUCUCAGGGGUCUGAUGGGCGACUGGCCGGCGCGCUCGACGAGGCCGUGGGACGCGCCGGGGCACCUCAUGAGCAGGACGUGCGACGGGCGCAGGCUGGUCCCCGUGGAGGUGGGACGGAGUUACGUGGAUGAGGGGUGGACGCAGGAGUUGAUUUCCUUCCGGGAGCUGUUAUCUCGGAUCAUCGACGCUUCUUCUGCUUCGGAAGGAACAAAUGGAAAAGAACGAAACAAGACAACAUACCUGGCCCAGCACGAACUCCUCUCCCAGCUCCCCCACCUCCAAAACGACAUCCUCACCCCGGACCACGCCUUCACCGCCCCGCCCCCUCACCCCCUCGACCCGUCCAAGAACAAACCCGAGCUCGACCUCCCGCUCGUCAACGCCUGGCUCGGGCCCGCGGGGACCAUCACCCCGCUCCACACGGACGGGUACCAUAACCUGCUCUGCCAGGUCGUCGGGGCCAAGUACCUGCGGCUGUACGCCCCGCGCGACUCCGAGGCGCUGUGUCCGCGGGUCGACGGCGACGGCGACGGUGACGCCGUGGAUAUGUCGAACACGAGCGCGUUCGACGUCGGGGCCGUGGAGGGCUGGGACGCGGACGGGGAGGAGGAGGAGAGGGACCCGAUCGAGCUGGAGGAGUUCCGCGGGCUGAGGCACUGGGAUUGCGUGCUCGAGGCCGGGGACGUGUUGUAUAUCCCCAUGGGAUGGUGGCAUUAUGUCAGGAGCUUGAGCGUGAGUUUUAGUGUGAGUUUUUGGUGGAACGGGGAUCACUUUGUCACAGGGGAUGAGUGA